CAUAAAACUAAUGUAUACAUGAAAAACAUGAUUCUAUACAAUUUAUACGAUAAUGUGGCGUUAUAUAAUGCUGUGAAUUGUUUUUAAUGUAUUUAUUGAUAUAUCAGUGCAUAUUUUACUUGUACCAAAAUGAUCCUAGUUUUUAAAGUACACUGCGAAAGAUAAAAAAGAAAGAAAAACAAAACACUUAAACAUGGGAUUGUAUCUGAACAUUUGAUAAUGAUAAUGCGCCGCUGAUUGGCUAAUUAUUGCUACAUAAAGGAUAAUUCAUUGAUUAUAUAAUAUCUGUUCCAUGUUGGACUUACUCAGAUUUCAAAAUGGACACCGAAUUUAGUUUGAAAAUUCUUCUAGUAGGAAUAGUGCUGAUAUGUCAAGAGCUUAAUGCAUCCCAUUUUAGAGGGGCAAUAAUAUCUUGGAAACCAGGAUCAAGACAGAAUGAAAUAAUUAUUGAUUAUCGCAUCUCCUGGCGAAUGACAUAUGGCAGUCAGUUCCGUUGCGAUGAUUCUAUUAUUCAAAGUGGUGCACUUGUUCGUGCUGAAGGCGCUGUUACAUGUUUCGAAGGAUGUUCUGGCACAUUAGGUGACUUAUCUUUCCAGUGUACAGAUUAUAGUACAAUAGAAGAUUGGACAUCUGGAAAAGGGCGUAUAGUCACAACACUUAACACCGCAAAUGCUAGUUUUGGAUUUCAAGGUGCUGCCUGGAUCAGUACACUUAAUGUUGGUGCUGAUGGUUCUUGGAAACUUCGUGUCAGUGCUAAUCUCAAUGUAAGACGCGACACGGGAACAAUAAAUUCCUCACCUACAGCAGAAAUAACGCCUAUAGUGAGGUUACAGUAUGGCUGCAACCAUACGAUAACUAUACCAGUGAAAGACCCAGAUCACGACAUCGUAAAAUGUCGUUGGGCAAAUGACAGUAACGAGUGUGCAGAUGUUUGUUACGCCUUUCCAAACGCAUAUCUUGAUACUGAUAUGUGCACACUGACAUAUGAUGCCCUGUAUUCUCUUGGCUGGUACGCUGUGGCCAUUCAAGUUGAGGACUUUGCAAAUCCGUAUGAUAGCUCACCUCUCAGUAGCAUACCAGUACAGUUUCUUGUCCAGGUUUAUCAGUCAAGUGAUUCAUGUGCAGUAAGACCGGAACUGAUUGACCCGUCGCCACAAAAUGGCGACUGUAUUGUUGUCCGGAAAAAUGAAACUUUUGAAACAUCAAUAACAGCUCACAUGGGGGGAUAUAACAGAAGUAUUGCAGAGAUAAAAACCAUAUCACCACUUGGGAUGGUUAAAUCACCGCUAAUGCAGAUAAAUUCAACCACUUGGCAGGUCAAUGUCACAUGGACACCGACUGCUAUCAAUGAUACAAGCAACGUGUUUUGUUUCACAGCGAAGGACACGUCCGGGCAACAGAGUGAGAAAAGAUGCAUCACAUUGCUAUCUGGAGUUUCAAAACCAACUUUUCUCGACGGCUAUCAACGGCCAACAGGCAUGGUAUCUCCGGACCAAAGACAAUGGAGUGUUCGGGUAGACAGACCAUUUACUCCUGGUUCCCGAUAUUCCUACAUCAGACUUUAUAGUGAAAGAGGUUCUCUAUUAGAAAAUAUUGGCUCUUCAAACAGAAAGGCUUAUAACCACUCUUUGGAAUUCAGAACAUCAACCACUCUUUAUGAGAAUCAGACGUAUUAUUUUCUUUUCGAUUCCGGUGUGGUAAAGAGUAAUUCAUACUGCGGAACCGAAUCAGACUCUGAGGCUAUACAUGACCAAUACUUCUGGAGAUUUCACACAGACAAAGUCCCUGUUCGCCUCGUAAACGGACCGAAUCAGUAUUCUGGGAGAGUAGAAGUGUACCACGGUGGAGCAUGGGGUACAGUUUGUGAUGACAGUUUCGAUCGACGCGACGCUGAAGUAAUUUGUCGAAUGUUAGGAAUGCUCAGUAACGACAGCGAUAUAGAAGCGUUUCAACAAGCAUAUUUCGGUCAGGGUAUUGGAAGAAUUGUCUUAGAUGACCUACAAUGUUAUGGAGAUGAGAGCAGCAUUGACCAGUGUAGAUCAUCUGGCUGGAUGCACGAAAACUGUGGCCAUGGGGAGGAUGCCGGUGUCUCAUGCCAUACUACAGUACGCCUUGUGAAUGGAACCAGUAUGUAUUCUGGCCGGGUUGAAGUUUACCAUAACGGUGAAUGGGGAACAAUUUGUGAUGACCGAUUUGACAGAUACGAAGCAAGAGUACUCUGCAAACAACUAGGAAUGUACCAUGGAGACAGCCUUACACAAGUUUAUUCAAAUGCAUACUUUGGAGAAGGUAAUGGUAGUAUAGCUCUAGAUGAUCUAGACUGUAAUGGUUACGAACAAUACAUUGGGGAUUGCAGAACUAAACCCUGGUUUUCAAAUGACUGCAGUCAUAGUGAAGAUGCUGGAAUAGAUUGCAAUGCAAAUGAAAUAACAACCUCACCUUGGUGGUACAACCACGUCGCUGAAACAACUGAAGUUCAAACGCCAAUAAGACUUGUCAAUGGACCGACAUAUUAUUCUGGACGUGUAGAGAUCUAUCAUAAUGGAGCAUGGGGUACGAUAUGUGAUGAUGAUGUGGAUUAUGAUACAGUCAAGGUCAUCUGCAAAAUGUUAGGAUUUUAUAUUGGUAACAGUUAUGGCGAGCCUUACUCAAGUGCACAUUUCGGUGAAGGGAAUGGCAGAAUACUUCUUGAUAACUUAAACUGCAAUGGUUACGAGUCUGAUAUCACACAAUGUAUGACUUCUUACUGGUACACCAAUGACUGCAGCCAUCAGGAAGACGCUGGAGUCGAUUGCCAUGGUUACAGAUACGGAGAUAUCACUUUACCAAGAUAUUCCGGUUAUUACACAAGCGCAUCUUACGUUACUGCUAGUUCACGCCGACCAUGGUACUUAUCUACUGCAAGGUAUAGCCUGGCUGAUGCGAUACAAGUGAGUUGUAACGAAAAUGGAUGGAACAUCAGGGUAAACCUUGCACUACUUAGAAACAUCCAUCCAGGAUCCGUUUCUUCGGACAUAUAUCUCGGUGAAAAUAGUUGUACUGGAGUUGAGAGCUGGAAUACUGUGACAUUCCAUCAAGGAUUGCACGAAUGUCUCACCAGCCAAAUGAUAAGGAAUAACGUUCUAGUGUAUAGAAAUCAACUGGUUUAUGCCCAGCGCGACCCAGUCCAUUCGUUCAUUAUCAGACACUAUAACUGGACUAUUGGUGUGGAAUGUGAUGUAGACAGAAACGAAACAAGUUCAGGUCAUAUUCAUCAUGACACCAGUAGUAAUCCUGUUGAUUCCGUACUUGGAUCGAGUCAUUAUUUUGUCAACAUGAGCUUCUUCUCUGACCCAAAUUUCAUGUACCGUAUCCAAGGCAAUCCUAUUCACGUUGCAGUGGGUACCAAAGUAUAUGUAAAGGUGUAUAGUACCACAUCUGAUUGGACGAUCAAAAUGAAAGUGCACACAUGCUACACAAAGCCAACGGCAACCGCAUCUGAUCAUUUGAAAUAUGAGAUUAUAAAGAAUGGGUGUGAAAUGGAUUCAAACACUCAUAUCAUAUCGCAGUCUUCCCAUGAAACUCGUUUUGUGUUUGAAGAUUUUGAAUAUACCAGCAACCACGAGGGACUUUACGUCUUCUGUGAUGCCAUCUUUUGUCGUUCCUCUGAUUAUUCAAGACAGUGUAUGCAGACAUGUAAUCCAUGAAAGUAACAACAACAAGCCUAAAACAUCACAACUGUGUUUCUGUGCUAAUAAUUUAGGAAAUGUGAAAUCCUGUUUUACUAGUGUGAUUCGUGUUCAUUUAAAGAACAGAUUAAUCAUUGAAAAAUUGUAUUUCACUCAACAAUUUCAUGAAAGGCUUAUAUGGACUUUGUUUUUAACGUGCCUGUCACAAUGAACAUAUUCUAUAUCAUUUUCUUUCUUACUCCCUAUCUUCUGUUUUCGGUAAUUGUUAUCUCGAUUUGAAAGUUGUAUUAACAUUGUUGAAGUUAUUACUGUAUCCAUUGUUAUUGAUUGUCUUUCUUAAUUGUAUUAAACUGAUAUGCAGCACUGAAAGUGUUUCUAAUCAUGUAAUUGUGUAUAAUGUCUUUUGGGGCAGUUGCAGUUGCUUAAUUUGACUAAAAUAAAAUUUAAAGCCUUAAAAAUGGAAUGUUAAUGGCAAAGUGAUUCUACAUUUUGUAGAUCUACUGUAUGCUUGUUUUAUUAUUUAGAUUAACUACAUUCGUCCUAUGUAUGAAAGGAAUUGAUGUGAAAUAUCUGUAGUCUAUCAUUUUGCUUGCUUGCAUCGGCAUCUAAAUAAACUUAAUUUACAUCGCA